AUGUGCGGAUGUGUGAGGGUACUCCGCCUUGGCAGUCCAAUAAAAAAAUCAUGGCAACGCAGAUUGUUUUCUUCAUCUUCUUCGCCGCCAACGCAAGGAGUGCCAUACACCAAACUUAGUGUCGGAGUUCCCAAAGAGAUAUGGCAGGAUGAAAGAAGAGUUGCCAUAGUACCAGCUGUAGUAAGUAAAUUAGUUAAAAAAGGUUUCACAGUUAAUGUAGAAGAAAAUGCUGGUACAUUAGCAAAUUUCCCAAAUAAGACUUAUGAAGAGGUUGGAGCUAAAAUAACUAGCGUAAAGGAUACCUACGGUUCAAAUAUAAUUCUUAAAGUACGCCCGUUGGCUGAAAGCGAACUUCAAAAUGUUAACGAGGAAUCAACGCUUAUAUCAUUUUUCUACCCAGCUCAAAACCAAGCUCUUAUACAAAAGCUGGCUGCCAAAAAGGUUAAUGCGUUUGCAAUGGACUGCAUUCCUCGGAUAAGCCGUGCGCAGGUGUUCGACGCUUUGAGUUCCAUGGCGAACGUGGCUGGCUAUCGAGCCGUCAUUGAAGCCGCAGCACAUUUCCCACGUUUCUUCUCCGGUCAGAUGACUGCAGCAGGUCGCGUGCCGCCGUGCCGCGUGUUGGUGGUUGGCGGAGGAGUGGCGGGAUUAGCAGCAGCGGCUCAGGCAAGAUGUAUGGGGGCCGCGGUCCGGGCCUUUGACACACGACCCGCUGUGAGGGAACAGAUCGAGAGUCUCGGCGCUCAGUUCAUUACUAUGGAAGUCAAGGAGGAAGGGGCUGGCGCUGGUGGCUAUGCAAAGGAGAUGAGCGAGGAGUUCCUUCAGGCGGAGCGUGCUUUGUUGGGACGGGAGGCUCGGAGUUCAGACGUCGUGAUCAGUACAGCACUCAUACCAGGGAAACCGGCGCCACUGCUCAUAUUAGAGGAUGCUGUAAAAGACAUGGCCCCUGGAAGCGUGAUAGUUGAUCUAGCCGCUGAGAUGGGUGGGAACGUACAGACGACCACUAAGGGCAAAGUGACAAGAGUUCAUGACGUCACACACAUCGGCCUCACAGACCUGCCGAGUCGCAUGCCCGCACACGCCUCAACACUCUACGCCAACAAUAUCUCUGCAUUCUUAUUAAGUUUAGGUACUAAUGAUCACUUCCACAUUAAUCUGGAGGAUGAAGUGACUCGAGGAGCGAUAGUGCUUAAGGCUGGUGAAUUGCUAUGGCCCCCGCCCCCCGCGCCCGUGGCUGCCCCCGACAAAGCCCCCAAAACUGUCGCCCCUGUAAAGGUCGAGCCUCCUAACCCUUUCAAUGAAACCUUAAAGGACACCUUCUUAUAUUCUACCGGUCUGGCCAGUCUUAUCGGUCUAGGUAUAGCCUCGCCGAACCCAGCCUUCACCACUAUGACCACCACAUUGGCUUUAUCUGGUGUUGUGGGUUACCACACGGUAUGGGGUGUGGUACCGGCGCUACACUCUCCUUUAAUGUCUGUCACUAACGCCGUGUCGGGUAUUACGGCUGUGGGGGGACUACUGCUGAUGGGAGGAGGCUAUCUACCAGAAACACCUGUGCAGUGGCUUGCCAGUACAGCGGCACUGAUCUCCUUUGUCAACGUAUUCGGAGGGUUUAUGGUGACACAGCGUAUGUUGGAUAUGUUUAAAAGGCCAGGUGAUCCACCAGAAUAUGGAUAUCUGUACGCUAUACCUGCUGCAGCACUUUUAGGUGGAUACAUUACAACAGCAAUGCAGGGUUACCCUGAAGUUCACCAGAUGGCGUACCUAGCUUCGUCGUUAUGCUGCGUCGGAGCACUCGCCGGCCUUAGUUCACAGACGACAGCCAGGAAAGGAAACUAUUUAGGAAUGAUUGGUGUAUCCGGCGGUAUAGCGGCUACACUCGGAGCGUUGACGCCAACAGCUGAGGUAUUGGCACAAAUGGUAGGCGUGGCGGGCAUUGGUGGUCUACUUGGUGGAGUCAUCGCUAAGAAAAUUGAAAUCACUGAUUUGCCACAACUUGUAGCUGGAUUCCACAGUUUGGUAGGCAUGGCCGCUGUAUUAACAUGUCUGGCGACGUACAUGCACGAUUUCCCCGCCAUGGCGCUGGACCCCACAGCAGCCACGCUUAAGACAUCUCUCUUCCUUGGAACGUACAUCGGUGGAAUAACGUUCACCGGGUCGUUAGUAGCCUACGGUAAACUUCAAGGAGUAUUAUCUUCGGCCCCCUUGUUGCUGCCGGGUCGUCAUGCUCUGAACGCGGCGCUGGCCACGGGAGCACUGGGCUGUGGCGGCGCCCUGCUCGCCUUCCCCGAAGCCCCCGGCCUGCCACUAUUAUCCGCCGCCGCAGUCCUCAGCGGCAUACAGGGACUCACACUCACAUCUGCUAUUGGUGGUGCCGACAUGCCGGUGGUGAUCACAGUUCUCAACAGUUACUCCGGCUGGGCGCUGUGUGCUGAAGGGUUCAUGUUGAACAACUCUCUAAUGACCAUCGUCGGCGCACUCAUCGGCAGCUCCGGAGCUAUCCUAUCUUAUAUUAUGUGCAAGGCCAUGAACCGUUCGUUGCCGAAUGUAAUCCUAGGUGGGUACGGUGUAACGGGGUCCGGAUCAGCUCGCCCGGAAGGGGCCACUCACACCGAGAUGAACGUCGACAGUGUAGCAGACCUCGUUCACCGAGCCUCCUCUAUUAUUAUAACUCCCGGUUAUGGUCUGUGUGUGGCCAAAGCUCAGUACCCUAUCGCCGAAUUGGUGGACAUUCUUAAGGGCAUCGGAAAAAAAGUGCGUUUUGCUAUACAUCCAGUUGCUGGUCGUAUGCCCGGCCAACUGAACGUGCUCCUCGCUGAAGCCGGUGUGCCGUAUGACGACGUGUUCGAGAUGGAGGAAAUCAACGAUGAAUUCCCGGAAACUGACUUGGUCUUAGUUAUAGGCGCCAACGACACCGUGAACAGUGCUGCUGAAGACGACCCGGAGUCUCCCAUAGCAGGUAUGCCGGUACUCAAAGUGUGGAAGGCGAACCAAGUGGUAGUGAUGAAGAGGUCUAUGGGUGUCGGCUACGCGGCCGUUGAUAACCCCAUAUUCUACAACCCCAACACCGCCAUGUUGUUGGGUGACGCCAAGAAGACUUGCGACGCACUUCUUGACAGAAUCAAACAUCUCGCUGCAUAA